AUGUAGGGGCGGGGCGGGAGUGUGUAAGGUGAGGCAGCUCUAAGUGUAUGAAAAGUUCCACAGUUGCAGUGUGGGCUGGAGGGAGGUCGGUGGCCGGGCAGCAGGUGAGAGGAGGAGGCGACGACACGGACCCUCUCUCGCCAGCCAGCCACAAGUGCAGAUUAGCUUGUGAGAUUGUGGAGAGCGCUGGUCACAUGCCUACAAAGCCGCGCUUGUGGAGUCCAGCGCUGGAGGCGGAUUAGACGGGAACCGCUCGCUCGCCCGGCAGCGGCACUGGACACGGUUCGAAGUGCCUGGAGAUGGAAUGUCUCGCCCAACCUAAAGUCUGAUGAAGAGUGUAUCAUCUGAACAAUGAAAAAUAAUGAGUAGACGGGCAGCAAAGCGAGCCACCCUCACUAAACGCCUCACGUAUCUAGCCUUGACAGGAGAGCAGCAGAGGGCCGGAGAAGCUGCAGUUUGUUCUGGGCAUCUGUCGAGGGAACAUGGAAAAGGCAAGGGAGGCGAAGGGUGAGGAUCAGAGGGAGAGGAGAUACGUCAGCCCACCGGACGGAGGCUGGGGCUGGAUGAUUGUAGCCCACUUCUUUCUGGUGAACGUCCUGGUGAUGGGAACACUGAAAACAUUUGGGAUUUUCUUUGUGACGCUGCAGGAUGUCUUCGGAGCUUCCUCGGAGCAGAUCAGCUGGGUUGGGUCAAUUAUGUCCAGCCUCCGUCUCUCCGCAGGUCCGAUUGCCUCAGUGGCCUGUGGGAAGCUGGGCGAUCGAUGGACUUCGAUUCUGGGGGCUGUCCUAGUGUGCUUUGGAUUUCUCAUUAGCAUCCUGGCCACCAACGUGGUCUUCCUGUACGUGUCUCUGGGCGGUGUUGUGGGGCUUGGCUUUGCUUUCCUCUACCAAGCAGCAACCGUCCUGCACGCUAAAUACUUCAGGAAGAGACUGGCCACCGCGUACGCCAUCGCCAGGUCAGGAAUGGGCCUGACAUUCGCUCUUGCCCCCUUCACACAGUUACUGCUGGCAGAGUACGACUGGCAAGGUGCUUUGCUUAUUCUGGGAGGGAUAAUGCUGAAUCUUAUUGCUACAAGCAUGUUAUUGAGGCCAAUAUAUCUCCAUGAAAACAAGCCCAAGCACUUGGAUUUGCCCCCCAAUGUGAAAACACUCAUCAGCCCACAGAACAGUCUGUUUCACAAUGGAGCAACCAAGCAGGGCAUCUUUGAGAACCAUCCGGAAGGUUGCCUCAUCUCGGCCAACUCCACAGUGAGCCACUUGGCCAUUGGUCACCUUGGUGACUUGAAGCACUAUGACAGUUGCAUUGUGGGCGAGGAGAGUCUGAGCAUCAACCCAUUACGCGGGGAGAUGGAGGCGAGUGUGGGCCACGAGAGCAAAGCCUUUCUGGAUAAAGUGACGUUCACGACAUCUCACAGUGACAGCGUUGAGUUCUCGGGCAAGGACAACGGAUUGCAACGAAAGGAGAAACUCCUGGACUUCACGCUGUUGAAGGAUCCUUUCUUUUGUAUAUACACUUUCUCAGUGAUGUUCAGCCAGUUAGCAUACUUCAUUCCUUACUUCCACCUAUCGGCAAGGGCUAAAACCCUGGACAUCAAUGCAAUGGAUGCAUCCUUCAUCAUUUCUGUUGCAGGUAUAACGGAGACUGUUGCCCAGCUGGCUUCAGGAUGGAUAGCUGACCAAAACUACGCCAACAAGCUCCACUAUCACAAAGCCUACCUUCUCCUGUGUGGCCUGUCCAACCUGCUGGCUCCAAUGGCGACCACCUAUGCCCAGCUGAUGGUCUAUGUGGUGUUCUUUGCCGUGUUCUGUGGCGGAUACAUGGCUCUGCUGCUCCCAGUCCUGGUUGAUCUGGUCGGAGUGACAAAAGUGAGAAUCUCGCUGGGCUUUUCAAUGUUUUUCGCUGGGAUUGGUUGCCUGACAGGACCUCCAGCAGCAGGUUGGCUGUAUGACUACACUCGGACGUACGACUGUUCCUUUUAUCUGGCGGGCAUCUGCUACAUCCUGUCUGCUGUGCCUCUCUUCCUGGAACCCACGGCACGCAGGUACAAGGCAAGGAAACUAGCCAAGACUCAGACAGUGAAGACGGACACUAUCACCAAUGUGGCCUGUAUAGCAGAAUGCCAAAACGGACAAGUCAUUAUUCCAUCUGAUGUGAGAUCUGAGAAGUUGCAGCAUAUCAGCUCUGUAUAAAGAAGACUGUCUUGCCCCACAAGGAACAUAAAACUAUUUAAAACACCACAGUGAUAUAUUGUCUGAUGGAAAUCCAAGUGCCCAGAGUUCUGAGCACAUUGUGCAGGGACACUUGUAUUGCAUCAAAAUUAAAAUGUGAUUUUUUUUGAUGCAAUUCUUCAGAUAAUGAAAUUGUGGUGAAUUGUUUUGGUCAGCACAAGGUAUGAAUAUGCCUGAUAAAACAAGAAAAUCCUCCAACUUUUUGCACAGCUUUGAUGUGAGAGAAAGGUGGUUCUGGGCAAGCACUCACACAGUCAAUGGGCUUUCAUCUGACGCAGAGAGAGAGCUUCCUCAGAGCCACCAACACAAAUCAUUUCUCAUCUUUGUCUUCAAAGGACAGCAGCAGAUGGAAAAAAUAAUUCUCAUGUUAGACUAAAGUCACUUUUGUAUUUUGGUUCUACCUGCAGGAACCAAAAUGAGCCAUUUUGCACAGAGACCCACCAUGCCAUCUCUCCCACCAUAACUCUGCUUCCUUAAUAUAUCUGAGAGUUGUAGCAGGUGAAACGAGCGGCCCGUCACACAGUUACACCCAAUACACGUGGUACCAGGGUACCAGGCCCUAUCAAACUCAAGAGAAGAUCACCAAACUGCCCAUAUCUCCUUCAGCUCUCCUCCUUCCCAUAAGAGCAUAGAACAGUAGAGCACAGGAACAAACCCUUCGGCCCACAAGGACUGUGGCAAACACAAUGCUAGACCAACUCCUAUCUGCCUGUGCGUGAUCCAUAUCCCUCCAUAUCCAUUGCCCACCCAAAAGUCUCUCCAAUGCCACUAUCAUAUCUGCUAAUACCACCAUCCCUGGUUCCAGGCAUCCGCCACUCUCUGUGUAAAAAAAAAUAAAAAAAAAUUCAUUCAUGGGGCUUAACGUGGGGCCCCGAGCAGAUGGUGCAGGGGGGGGGGGGGGGAGUUCAUGUUAUGACUGUCUACUUUAGACAUUAUCUUCACUACUUCUCUCUACAGUUCCUUUUGUUGCUCAAGUUUCACCAUCCAGGCAGUUCCCAGAUUGGCUGGCUACAGGAAUAGCAAUGCUGGGGUAGGCUAGUGGACGCACAGUACCAAAGAGUUAUCCUUAACUAACUAUCCACUUACAAGUUCUAUUUUCAAUUCAGUCAUUCUGUAGGAGGGACUGUAAUUGGCAUGUAUUAUUUAGUCUGCAGAAAAUGUAGAUCCUUUGGUGGCAUGGUGGUAGAGUUGCUGCCUUACAGCGCCAGAGGCCCGGGUUAGACCCUGACUACAAGUGCUGUCUGUAUGAAGUUUGUACAUUCUCCCUGUGACCCCCAGUUGCUCCAGUUUCCUCCCACAUUCAAAAGACAUACACAGUUGUAGGUUAAUUGGCUUCGGUAAAAUUAUAAAUUGUCCCUAGUGUGUAGUGUACGGGGAUUGCUGACCAGUGCAGACUCGGUGAGCCGAAGGGCCUGUUUCCAUGCUGAAUCCCUAAAGACUAAAUCCAUACACUGGGACAAAGAUUUUGUGUUCAUUUUAUUGGGGAAUGGGAUUGUUACGCGGGUCAGAAAGACGUGGAUGACAGGAUUUUAAACCGCUUUUAAAAUUUAUGUAGGCCUAGAAUUAGUAAAUAACAUUAAGUUGGAUACAAGCAACUGCAGCUGCUGGUUUA